GGUCCACGGUGAACCCGGACAGGUGUAGACAGGUGUAGACAGGUGUAGACAGGUGUAGACAGGUGUAGACAGGUGUAGACAGGUGUAGACAGGUGUAGACAGGUGUAGACAGGGGCGUCCGAAGCAGAAACAGAUGUCUGAGUUGAAGCCUCCAGAGGCCGGCAGCUGGACUGAGAGCCAGAUGAUGAUGAUGGAGGGCGGGGCCUGGCAGGAGAACACACUGCCUGUGAGUGCAGCUCAGGUGUUCAGCCCCGCCUCCACCAGCAUCAAAGAAUCAUGGGAAAUGGAGGCUGAAAAGAGGCCCUUCCUCCAGCAGCACUUUGUCCAAGAGGAGUGGCCCGAAGAGAAGCCACCUCGAGGGCGGUGCUGCAGUGAGCGCGUGGUCCUCAAGAUGGCGGUGUCCUUGGGCACAGCGGCUCUGUUUUUCCCCUUCCUGCUGUGGGGCGGAUACGUCUUUCUCCCCUUUGACGCGCCGGUGAUGGACAGCGCCCCCCUCAGGCUGGUCUACACUCUGCGCUGCUGUGUCUUUGCUUCACUGCCUAUAGCACUGGGGUACCUGGUCCUGGGCGUGUCGCGGUUCCGCUCUGGUGAAGUGCAGUCUCUGUGUGAAACUGAGGGGUGUGGCUCCGUAGGGCUGAAGAGAACAGGGAUUAAUGAUGUCAGCGUACACCGCGGCUUUGUGUCUGACUCCACUCACCUGUUCCUGCUCUACUUCCUGCAGCUCGCCGUCAUGGCGACCUACCUGAGCCAGGACCAGCUCAAACUGGUGCCGCUGCUCACGCUGCUCUUCUGCCUCGGACGGCUGGUGUACUGGGUGGCUGCAAUGUUCCAGAGCAGUAUCCGCGCCUUCGGGUUUGGGUUGUCCUUUCUUCCAUCCCUCGCCAUGAUUGCAGCCAAUCUGUACUUCCUGGUUACCAUGGAGAUGAGUGGCGGUGCUUUCAGCCCACCUCAAAAAGAGCAGGCCCCGCCUCAAGGACGCCAGCGCUUCUGGGGCUGAGCGGUGGACCAGGACUUAACCCCGAACUGUGCCAUUAAAAUCCCAACAGCUCAGGAUAUGGCCAUAACAAUAUUUAGUUUUUGUGAUGUUUUUCUAUGAUUCAGUGAUUUUGGUAAAGAUGCUGCUUCAGUUUGACACAGUUUCCUCUGUAGGAAUCUGGUCUGUGCAUGCAACAACUUUAUGAAUCAUGUAUUUUAACCAUUAUUUCACAGUGAAAAUGCUGUGUGUCCUACAGACUCCACUGUUAGACUGAAUCAGACUCAAUGUGUGCACAUAUGACUAAACUCUGUCCUCAAAUGAUCUGCGAUAAAUUACAUCAAAAUAUAUUAUUAUUUUAAGAGCUGACACUACAGGCAAACCUUUUUUUCAAUUUUUAUUUUGUAUUUUCUUUGGGUUAGUUUGGUCUCUUGGCACACAAGCUGCAUGUGGAACAAAAUGGUCCAAAUCUGCAGCGAAAGAUGUUUUAUUUAAUUGAUUACAAUCUGCAGCCAUAGAGUCAUAAGAAACACGGUGCAUUUCCCCCAUAGGGACAUAAAGAUCAGCUCUUUAAGUAGCACCUCCACACACCAAACACUACAGUCUUGUACUUUACCAGAUUUUGAUCAUUUUGUUUACCUAAUUCCAGCCUGACUUAUUGCACGUCUUUUGUAAGAUCUAGUUUACUCAGAUACUUAAUCAGAUCCAAAAUCCCCUCUAUGUUUUAGUAUCUAAUAUGUCAACAAAAAGAAGCAAAAAAUAAUUCACCUUUUUGAGAUUCAUGUCCCAAAAAUUCUAAAUUUGUGUCAUUUUUAUGAAUAAAAUGCCUUUUUUAUGUGAAAACAUUCCAUGAUAAAAACAAACUUAUAAUAUAUUUUUUUCUUAGAUUUAUAUAAGUAAACUUUCAAAUUGAUAUCUCUAAGACACACUGCAGGACGGUGGGAAAAAAAAUUAUAUUUAAAGAGUUGAGUUUAUUCACACUGAAGUGGGAGCACAUUGUGGAGCCUGAUGAUCGUUUGAUCAGCCUAUGCAGAGUCACUGUGCAGGAGCUCUGUGAGGUUCCUCCUCAUGAAGACCUCUGCUCACCCAAAACAACACAAACCUGCUCUGUGGAACGGCUGCACAGUGCAACGCACUUAGAAAUACAACAAUAUAUGGUACAUGUUUUCUACUUUCUACAUGUUAUAUACUGUACAUGUUUUAUAUUCUAAUCCUCAGAGUAAGCGCUGCAAACCCCUGGCCUUCUCACAAUGAGCUUUUAGUCCUACUUUCUUUGAAAUUCCUUAAUCAAAACUAUUAUGAUCUGACCUCUGACCCAAACUACACUUGCACUUUUUAAACAGAAAUGUACCAGGAAACGCUAUUUUAAUAUAUAAAAAGAUAAACCCUCAACUCACGGCCUAACCCACACCUUACAUUCUCCUGUCUACUGGUGCCACAUAUAAAUCCUUAAACUUGUUUGCAUUUUUUAAUUUAAGUAACAUAGUCACCGUUUGUCUGUUAGUUGGAGAAGUUUUUUUUGUUUUUUGCUUUUAAAAUGGAUAGGACAUAUAUAUGAUAAUAUAAUAUAUAUAAAGAAAUGCUUGGAUGUGCACAUUUAUUGUUUAGUACCUUGUGAAAUAAUAUGCUGCCUAAAGUUUAUACACUGUGAUUGUACACAUCAGAAAUAGACCAAACUGUGAAUGUGUUUUUAAUUGUGUUUUGUGAAAUCCUAUAAAAACAAUCAUUCUGUUUAUAGAGGGGCCAUUAUGUUUUGUACCUUGAAUCAAAGAUUUUUUGAAUUUGAUAAGAUUUGUCCAAUGCUCCGCCCACAAGCCUUUGUCACCCAUGCUCCCACAUGACAAUUCUCCAUAAAUAUACAAACACAUGAUGCACAUUUAAGCACUACCAGCUUGUAGCAUCAUGUUUUUGAGUAUCCAGUCCCCCAAACCAAUCAUCUAUUCCCAUACUCCCCCCAUAUGAGAAGAAUGGGGUGGUUUGAAGAGCUAGGUACACUUCUGAUCCUGGAGAAAGUGCAACAUUUUGUCCUUUUCUGAUGUGUUUGCAGUCAUUUUCUUGUGGGCACCGAAGAAGUUAGUGCCACAGUCUGAGCACAGCUGUUUGCUGGACCUCAAAAGGCAAAGAAACGUCUCAGUGUAUUAAUGAAACUUGAAGAGCUCAUCUCCACUACUUCAGUGUGGACGGCCCUUGUGCAUAAACAUGUGAAUAGAAUUGCCCACCAUUGACUGUUGGCUUGUCCCCCUCUUGUUCAACUUGUGGUUACCUCCCAUGGGCCAAACAUGUUCCUACAUAAGAAAACGGGGGCUCUACUUGAAGUCUCUCUACAGGCAAGUCGCUCAUCAAUUGCUCCUCAAAUUUCCCUCAGUUUUUUUACUUCCAUCCAUCCAUCCAUCCAUUUUCUUCCACUUAUCUGGGGCCAGGUCGCGGGGGCAGCAGUCUAAGGAGGGACUCCCAGACUUCCCUCACCCCAGACACGUCCUCCAGCUCCUCUGGUGGGAUCCCAAGGCGUUCCCAGGCCAGCCGAGAGAUAUAGUCCCUCCAGCAUGUCCUGGGUCCUCCCCGGAGCCUCCUCCUGGUGCGACAUGCCCAGAACACCUCCCUAGGGAGGCGUCCAGGAGGCAUCCUGAGCAGAUGCCCGAGCCACCUCAACUGGCACCCUAUCCCUAAGGGUGCACCCAGCCACACUGCGGAGGAAACCCAUUUCAGCCGCUUCUAUCCGGGAUCUUGUCCUUUUGGUCAUUACCCAGAGCUCAUGACCAUAGGUGAGGGUAGGAACGUAGAUUGACCGGUAAAUCGAGAGCUUUGCCUUUGGACUCAGCUCUUUCUUCACCAGAACGGACCGAUACAGCGACCGCAUCACUGCAGAUGCUGCACCGAUCCGCCUGUCAAUCUCACGCUCCAUCCUUCCCUCACUCGUGAACAAGACCCCGAGAUACUUGAACUCCUCCACUUGGAGCAGAGACUCUCCACCCACCCGGAGAGGGCAAACCACCUUUUUCCGGUCGAGAACCAUGGCCUCGGAUUUGGAAGAGCUGAUUCUCAUCCCAGUCGUUCCACACUCGGCUGCAAACCGCCCCAGUGCUGCAGGUCCUGGGUCGAAGAAGCAUCAGGACAACAUCAUCUGCAAACAGCAGAGAUGAAAUCCUGUGGUUCCCGAACCAGGCCCCCUCCGGUCCCUGGCUGCGCUUUUCUUACUUGUCACAUUUUUUUAAAUUUUUUUAUGACUACUGUGAAAGCAGAGGCCGCACGUUUUAAAACAGUGUUUACACAAAACAUGGGAGACAAAAGACACAGAUGAGACGAGGAGUUUCCAGACCCGUUUCCAUUUUAAUGACCAUUUACCAUUAGAACAACAGUAACAAUAAUGAUAAACAUAGAAAUGGGACUUGUAAACAACAAUCUCAGGAUAAUCUUAUUUUUUAUUUUUACCAGGCAAAAUAUUAAGAACAAAUUCUAAUUUACAAUGUUGUCUUUUUAUUAUUUAAGUUCGGGAUAGGUUAAAUGCAUUAUAAGCUGUAGAGUGUGACAAACAUGAUGCUAACUUGAUGCACCUUGAUUUUAUAAGUGUACAUGGUAAAAUACACAAACACAUGAACCGUUAAUGCAUUUACGUUACUUAUUAAAAAUGUGUUUUAAUGAAACCUUUUAUCAUCUAAGAAAAUGGACUCCUUUUAGCAAGUAGUUCCUAUGGUCAGGAUAAUGCAUAAUGUAAUGCAUCUAGUGCAAUGCCCAAAUAAACCAAACCAAAUUAAGACACAAUUCAACCUGUGUCAGAGACAAGAGGGGACACAUCCCUGUGAA